AUGACUAGGUUUCGACGCAAAAGUUCUGGGAAGCAAAGUUCUAUUCCACAGCCGGGAGAAUCGCGGUUCCUCACUUCACAUCUUGACCCGCCAUCACCCGAGGACCAUCAUUGGCCACCCAUACCUCUGUCAGUCACAGACAGCCGCUCUAAAUCCGUGGUUUCCAGCGUUUUCACUCUCUGGCAGAGUCCGUCUUUGGCGUCUGUGACAACAGAAAGCGUUGCUACCUCUACAACCUCACGACAGACACCAAGCGAGGUCCCAAGAUACCGAUUGACGAAGUUACCAGUCCUUGAUUAUGUGCCGGACUCGACGACAAAGUCUUCCAGUACCACACGACUGCCACGAUAUGUACCGAUAAUAAUCCCCGAGUUUGCACAGCCGUCGUUUACUAGAGAACCGUACUCUGCCACGUCACAAUCUGAUAUACGGACAUUGCGGACCACUCAUUCAUCACCAGCAACACCAACAUCGAACAACUGUCAACGGGGCUCAAGACAUUCGGAUGAGGCUGCCCCGUUUGGCACGGAAGAAUUACGAGAUUGCGAGAAGGAAAGAGAUCCAGUCUCCACGAUCAGGCGGGCGGAAAUGAACAACAGCCAAGUGAGCCUCGUGGCUUCGGAGGCAAGCAGCGAAGCACCAAAUGGUGUGAACCAAUCAAUGGACCAAGUGGGUGGAAAUAUCGGCAUUUCUUCUUCAGUUCCUCAGCAUGCCUCUGCUCCGACGAAUUUGUCGGGCUUGGUUUGCAAUGUGCACAGGACGACAGGUGAAGAGCCGCCGGGAUUGGUUGGCGCAACGACAACAAUACUUGGGGACAAACUGUAUGUUUUCGGGGGAAGAGUACAUUCUCGGGCGAAACCACAGUUGUCUGCGGACCUCUAUGAGCUGGAUCUCAUCCGCCGCCAUUGGAUCAGGGUUGAUGCGCAGGGAGAUAUUCCGCCCCCUCGAUACUUUCACAGCGUCUGCGCCCUGGGGGACUCGAAGCUGGUCUGCUACGGCGGCAUGUCGCCUGCACCACACAGCAGACCUGCGCCUACUCCUCAACCGGGCAAGCCAGAAGGCCAACCCGAGGUCGUGGUUAUGUCCGAUAUCCAUAUCUUCGAUGUGCCCACGCGAAAAUGGACGUUGAUCUCAGCUCCUGAAAAUCCCCAAGGGCGGUACGCGCAUUGUGCGGCCAUCCUGCCAUCCAACGCUGUGUUCACAUCCGCCAACGCCCCACUAUCCGCCAUCCAGCACAAUCCACCAUCUGCCGAUCCUCAUUCUGGCACGCUGGGAGUACAAUUGGACGGGACAGGAGGUGCAGAAAUGAUUGUCGCAGGUGGUCAAGACAGCAGUAACAGUUAUAUCGAGCAAUUUAGCGUCUUCAACCUGCGCAGUCUGAGAUGGACGGCAACGACACCCUGGGACCGCAAAUGUGGAGCUUAUAAGAGCAUGGUUGCGCCCAUGACAGGACUGUCGGCAGAGUUGAUUGGCCGAGGGGUUCCGCUGAAUGAUCCACAGGUCCAGAGAGCCAGUUCGCUACCCGGGACGUCGAUGCUGAUAUACUCCAACUACAAUUUCCUGGAUGUCAAGCUGGAGCUGCAAGUUCGAUUACCUGACGGGUCAUUGAUGGAGAAGCCGGUGACCGGGUCCGUGUCCCCUCCUGGGCUGCGAUUUCCCAACGGCGGCAUCAUCGAUAGUCAUUUUGUGGUUAGUGGGACAUACCUGACUUCGUCGAAACAUGAGUAUGCGUUAUGGGCGUUGAAUCUCAAGACUCUUACCUGGGCGCGGAUUGACACGAACGGCUCGAUUUUCUCGCAAGGAAGUUGGAAUCGAGGGGUGCUGUGGAACCGAAGGAAUACGUUUGUCAUUCUGGGGAACCGGAAGCGAAGCCUGGUGGACGACUACAACCAUCGACGGAUCAAUUUCAGUCACGUUUGCAUGGUGGAGCUGGAAGCAUUUGGCCUUUAUGACAACCCCAGAAAAGUGGCCCCCACGUCGGGCUAUGUUUCGGUAUCUGCUCCGACCAUUCCCCCGUCGAUGCAAUCGAGUCUGUUGGGUCAAGCAGCAGGCGGAAGACCGUACAACAGCACCGCCGAGCAACUUGGCCAGGCAGCUUUGAGCCUGGCAGAGCUAUCUGAUAUGGAGAUUGUGGCAUUGGGCGGAGAAAAGAUUCCGUGCAACUCGUACAUUCUGUCCCGACGCUGGGGUCCCUUCUUCAAUCAGCUGCUGGCGGAAUCUGUGUCUACUCACGAGAAUGUCAGCAUGUCGGACGGGGCCACAUUGAGGCCAAGUAUGCGGUCGCAGGCCAGCCGCAACUCUUCUCUGACGAUCACCCCGGCUGUGGCAAACGGCCUGGCGGUCUCUGCAGCAGGAAAUGACGGUAUUCUGGAUCCGCAAAGAUCACUCAGCCGGUCGACGACCAGAACGCUGGUGGAGUUGCCAAACACGGUGAACAUACCGCCUUCAUGUCGACCGAGAUCCUUGUACCUGCCUCACAUGGCUCCCACAAUCCACCUGUUACUGCAUUUCCUCUACACGUCGUCUCUGCCGCCGAUUGGCUCAACGUUGUGCACACCGCACACGCUCUGUUCUUUGUUGCAGAUGGCCAGACCGUACCAGGUUGAUGGACUGCUUGAAGCGACAGUCGAACGUUUGCAUGAGGUGUUGGAUGGGCGCAACUCUGCCGCGGUCUUCAACGCAGCGGCUAUGGCUGCGGGAGGCGGUCGAGGCCUUCGUGGUGCUGCCGGCAGCAACCUCGUUAAUAUGGGUCGACGAGAGAGUGAAGCCACCACCAUUGGAGACCCGACCUUGACCCUCGCCAACAAGACAGCGGGGCUCAAACUGGCGACAAACUACGAAGAACCUAGCAAGAAGCGAGGGCAUGGCAAGUCGAGUUCGAUGGAUUCAGCAUCAACGGCCACUUCGGCGUCGACGUCGACUGAUAUGUCCCGGACGGACACCGAGACUUCGGGACAAGACGAAAACGCCGAGCAAAAUGGGCAUGGAGAUAGAGAGUCACAAGAAAUAUGGACCGGCGAUCUGAGCUCAGUGAUUGGGCUUCAGAAACGGGGGUUACGAGGGCUGAUGGAAGGGCGGCGAUUGAGGGAGCGGGCAAAUACUGGAGGUACAGGGGGUGAAUAG